UCGCACCCAGUGCCAUCUCGUAACGGACAAUUAUUAUAAAUCUUCCGUGAGGAUCUAUCUUAUUUUUUUCUUUUCUUUUUUCCUUAUGAAUUUGCCAAUAUUUUUAACGUCGCUUCAAUCCGCCCACUCGACUUGCUAAAUUACGCGAACGACCAAAGAGCGUGAUUUGUCACGGCGAGCGACGCCCAGUGUCAUCGGACAGUGUGUUUCCGGUUUAUACCAACCAUCCUCCGUAUAUCAACAUACUCGCAUACCGGUAACCUUACCGAUAGUUUCCGCGGGACUUCCGGUAUAUAAAACAUCCGGAAUCUCAUUCACUUCCGCUUUUGCGAAAGUGUCUAAUAUCGUUUAAAAGAAUCUGUGCGUGCCGACUUUGACACUCUUAAACUUAAUGACAAAGGAUGUUGGAAUCACGGACAGUUUAAUAUCAGUGUAUAAAGGUGCGUUCACACAGCCGUCAAAGAAGCGAACCCAAUUUUUUCCUUUAAGUUUCAUCUAAAGUUUCUUGUUUUUGUUUAUAUCAGAAUCGUUUGACGACGCGUCGAUAAUUGUUUAACGCUGUCUGAUUGGUCCUCCUCUCUUACUCUCUCUCUCUCUCUCUCUCUCUCUCUCUCUCUCUCUCUCUCUCUUUCUCCCCCCUCCCCCACCUCUUUCUCCAUUCUCUUCUACCUUCUUUCUGUUUAUGGUGUCAGUUACACGUGUUUCGCGGCCUCCACGUAUAACGUGCAAUUGCAAAGAUUGUCAGUGAGUCUAAGCGAUAGAAAUUACCUGGACAACGACUUAACGUAUAAAAAAGAUUAAAAAAUGUCGUCUCUUCGUACACAAUCCACUGGGGGCGGUUUGGCGUCGGCAGCGUCGGCGACGACCGGUGCCCUCAGCAGCGUCGGUUCCGACAGGACCGUAGCCACCUCGACAACCGCUGCCACCUCUCACACGCACUCGCACUCUCAUUCCCACCGGAAGCAUCAUCAUCACAGAAGCAGGAGCGCACCACGUGCACCGGAAAAACCACCAAGGAAGCGUCAUCUCAAUCCUGGACACAGUUUGGCCUCUAUACCCAGUCAAAUUAAACUAUCGAUGUUGAAUAGCGGUUUGAUCAGCUUUGCCGAAGAAAUCAGCGGUAUCGGUACUACCUUGCCGACAGCGCCCACAGAACUUCCUCAGUAUCCGAAACUCUGCGAGCUUCGACGAAAGUUUCCGGUUCUAUAUCGCGUCGAGUUUCAGACUGCCACCAAAGUAGAGACGCAUUCGUGCAGACACGCUAUGAAACCUGCGAAUAAGGAGAAGAAUCAAAAUCAACGAUGUAUCCCAUAUGACUAUAACAGGGUUGUAUUGGAGACGAUAACUGGCGAGCCUGAUUCUGAUUACGUAAAUGCCUCCUACGUGGAUAGUAUACUGAAACCAAAUGCAUAUAUAGUCACUCAGGGACCUAUGGAAAAUACCGUGACGGAAUUUUGGCGAAUGGUUUGGCAAGAGAGGGCAUCCUGCAUCGUGAUGCUGACAAAGACGUUUGAUUUCAUUAGGGUUAUGUGCGUGCAGUAUUGGCCAGCGAGUAAAGACAAGGACGAAGAAUAUGGUGGAAUAGGCGUGUCCGUUCUUAAGGAAGAAGAACUGGCGAAUUUUCAUAUACGCACGAUAAAGCUCUACAAGAAGAACGAGAAGGAUGAAAUUAGCGAAGAGAGGACAUUGCUACAGUUUCACUAUACCGAAUGGCACUCUCAUACUUGUCCCUUUGGAAAUGCCGUUUUGGAGUUUCGGCGACGGGUUAGGGCUGUUGUCGGUUCCACCAUAAAAAAUGAAUCCGGUCCCAUGGUGGUUCAUUGCAACGACGGCGGUGGUAGAUCCGGCGUGUACCUGGCUAUAGACGCUAAUAUGGAAUUAGCUGAAGAGGAAGACGCAUUUGAUGUCUUUGGAUAUCUAAAGAAGCUGAGACAAAGCAGAAAGGGCUUGAUAGAGAACUUGGACCAAUACAAAUUUGUAUACGACACCCUGGAGGAAUUUGUUAUAUGCGGCACGUCUUGGUUUCCCGUCUCGGAAUUGUCUCAGCGUCUCAAGCAGAAGAGCAUAAAAAACCCCGUAACAAAGAUGAACGAGUAUCAGCGUGAGUAUCAGCAGAUCUGCAAGCAAACGCCGCGAUUCACAAUUGGCGACUGCGCCGGUGGUCACAGGGCUGACAACCGUGAGAAGAAUCGUGAUGUCCUCGUGGUACCGCCUGAUAACUUCAGGCCAUACCUCACGAGCUUCCAGGGCAACAGCUUCACGGAUUACAUAAACGCGGUGUUUGUCGAUGGCUAUACGAAACCACGCGAGUAUAUUGUGACCGAAUGGCCUCUGCGACAUACCUGCGGCGAAUUUUGGUCUCUUGUCUAUGACUACGAGUGCGCAGCCGUUGUGGUACUUUGUGUACCGCCUCAAGGCUCUACGAACUUUCCUAGUUUCUGGCCUGAGGGAAGACACUCGAAGAAGUACGGUCCAGUCUUCACCAUAGAUCACAUCAGUCACAAUCACUAUACCAACAUCAAGACUUGGGUAUUCAGAAUAAAUAAAAAAAUAGUCUCUCUAACGGAAUUGAUGGCUGGAGUGAAGGCACCACCAAAGACUGUACAACUGUUUCAACUGACGUGUUGGCCAAUGGGACACAAGGUGCCGACCUCGACCAAUAGCUUAGUUGAAUUAAUGAACAUGGUGGAACGCUGGCGACAAAGAACUGAUUAUGGACCAGUUGCUGUUGUGUCGCCGGAUGGUCGAAGUCGCUGUGGUGUUUACUGUGCUGCUAAUGCCUGUAUAGAGCAGGUUAUACAACAUGGCGAAGUUGACAUUUUUCAGGCUGUCAAGACUGUACGCCGACACCGACCACAGCUCGUGGAAAAUAUGACGGAAUACAAAUAUUGCUACGACCUGGUCCUCCAUUACGUGCUGCAUUACCUGAACAAGGACAUGAACGAGAAGAAGUGAGAAUGCGAGUUGAGGGACGAGCUGUGGUUCAUCGAGUUCGGCCGGGGUGCCGCGCUACCCC